AACAACCCUAAUAUCAGUCUCCUUCACAAUUCCGUCACAAAUUUCAAAACCCAUCUCCAAUUUUCCCUCUCUAAACCCUGAUCCAUGGCUUCCGAUUCCUCUCCAAGCCAUUUCAAUGGCGGUCCUUCUUCACCAGAUGAUUUCGCUUCAAGUCCAAUUGGUAACACAUUCUCAUCACCCGGUGAUAGCGGUAGACAAAAUCGCCGCCGACAAAGGCCUACAUCGUCAAACUACUCAACCCCUCAACGGUCAAGAUUAAACCCAGAUGCUACUACACCUUCUUCAAUUGGAUCCCGCCGAAGAAGUCGUUCGAGGAGGGAUGCAACUCCAUCUACGCCGUUAGCCCCAACUCCGUCCUCAUCUGAGGUCGGAGAUGGGUUUGAUGGCGAUGAUGCUCCUCCAAUGUAUGUAUGGGGGACUAACAUUAGUGUUCAAGAUGUUAAUGAAUCGAUUGUGAGGUUUUUGAAGAAUUUUAGGGACGAACCUAUUGAUUUUGAUAGUGGAGAGAUUGAAGGAAAAUAUAUGAGAUCAAUUAGGAGAGUUAUUGAAAUUGAAGGUGAAUGGUUAGAUGUUGAUGCCAGCCAUGUGUUUGAUUAUGAUCCGGAUUUGUAUAACAAAAUGGUUAGGUACCCACUUGAAGUAUUGGCGAUUUUCGAUAUUGUUUUGAUGGAUAUUGUUGCUAAUGUUAAACCCCUUUUUGAGAAACAUGUUCAAGCAAGAAUCUUUAAUCUUAAGUCUUCUACUUGUAUGAGGAAAUUGAAUCCUUCAGAUAUUGAGAAGAUGGUGUCUUUAAAGGGGAUGAUUAUAAGGUGUAGCUCAAUCAUACCCGAAAUUCGCGAGGCAAUUUUCAAGUGUCUUGUUUGUGGUUUUUACACUGAUGCUGUUGUUGUAGACAGAGGAAGAAUUAAUGAGCCUCCUGCCUGCAUGAGAGAAGAAUGUAAGGCAAAGAACUCUAUGACACUUGUUCACAAUCGAUGCAGGUUUGCUGAUAAGCAGAUUGUGCGACUCCAAGAGACACCGGAUGAGAUUCCUGAUGGAGGGACACCUCACACAGUUAGCUUAGUGCUGCAUGACAAGCUGGUAGAUUCUGGGAAGCCAGGUGACCGGGUUGAGGUAACCGGAAUUUAUAGGGCAAUGAGUGUCCGAGUUGGACCUACACAAAGAACUGUGAAGUCGUUGUUUAAAACUUAUAUUGACUGUCUCCAUAUAAAGAAAACGGACAAAUCAAGAAUGCAGAAUGAAGAUCCCAUGGAAGUAGAGAUGGGUUCAAGCAGAGAUGAAGAUGAUGUGAAUGUUGACUAUCAAAAAAAGGUGGACAAAUUGAAGGAGUUGUCUAAAGUGCCUGACAUUUAUGAUCGAUUAACAAGAUCAUUGGCACCUAAUAUUUGGGAGCUUGAUGAUGUUAAGAGAGGCCUUCUUUGUCAGCUGUUUGGUGGUAGUGCAGUGAAGUUGGUAUCUGGAGCUAGUUUCCGUGGUGACAUCAACAUCCUUCUUGUUGGUGAUCCUGGGACUAGCAAGUCACAGCUGCUUCAGUAUAUCCACAAGCUAUCUCCUCGUGGAAUAUAUACAAGUGGAAGAGGAAGCUCAGCUGUUGGAUUGACAGCUUAUGUUGCCAAAGAUCCUGAAACAGGGGAAACUGUUUUGGAGAGUGGUGCCCUUGUUUUGAGUGAUAGAGGAAUUUGUUGCAUUGAUGAAUUCGACAAAAUGUCUGAGAGUGCACGAAGCAUGUUACACGAGGUGAUGGAACAACAAACAGUUUCAAUUGCAAAGGCUGGAAUCAUUGCUUCCCUUAAUGCUAGAACCUCAGUGUUGGCUUGUGCCAAUCCCAGUGGUUCACGUUACAAUCCUCGCUUGUCUGUUAUUGACAACAUACACCUUCCACCUACCUUAUUGUCAAGGUUUGACUUGAUAUAUUUGAUACUUGACAAAGCUGAUGAACAAACAGACAGGCGCCUUGCAAAGCAUAUUGUUGCACUUCAUUUCGAAGAUCCAGAGACUGUACAGCAGGAUUUCUUAGACCUUCCAACUUUAACUUCUUAUGUGAGUUAUGCUAGAAAGCAUAUCCAUCCACGGUUAUCUGAUGAAGCAGCUGAAGAAUUAACCCGUGGAUAUGUUGAGAUGAGAAAAAGAGGAAACUUUCCAGGAAGUAGUAAGAAGGUAAUAACUGCUACACCCAGGCAACUUGAGAGUCUGAUACGACUUAGUGAAGCACUGGCUCGGAUGCGUUUCUCUGAAUGGGUUGAAAAGCAUGAUGUGAAUGAAGCUAUACGACUUCUGGAAGUUGCACUGCAACAAUCAGCAACUGAUCACUCCACAGGAACCAUUGAUAUGGAUCUCAUCACAACUGGAAUAUCAGCAAGUGAAAGAUUGAGACGCGAACAAGUAUUGUCAGCUACCCGUAAUGUAAUAAUGGAUAAGAUGCAACUUGGCGGAGCAGCAGUACGCAUGUUAGAGCUGCUUGAAUAUUUAAAGGAACAGAGCUCUGGUGGUGAAAUCCACCUCAAUGAUCUACGGAAUGCAUUAGGAACCCUAGCAAAUGAGGGAUUGGUAUCUGUUCACGGUGAUAGUGUGAAAAGAAUAUAGAGAUCGACGAUGGCAGCGCCUUGGAACUAUCUAACUUUGCUUCCCUUGAAGUCGACGUUUGCAAAUCUCCCGUUUAUGUUUGGUGACGAUGGUAAUGUAAUGCCCUUGUCCGGUUGCAAAAAAAGUUUAGUACUGUGUAUGACAACAUUGUUUUGUUGUAAUUACUGUCAUCUAAGGAUAACAAAAUACUUUUUGGAUGUAUCAUAAAAGAGAAGUUGUAAAAUAUGAUUCGAUUCGAUCUACUGAAUCUGAAAUGAUCCGAAUCAGACUCUGAAAAAUAUUUACACUGUAAUUGUGAUAACUCCAUUUACUCCAUCUUUGCUCAAGUAGGAUAAAUUAUAAGGGACAUUCUUCUUGAAAGUCAAAUAUUCCUUGAACCCCCAUGAAUAUGAGCUAAAUUUAGGUCUUCUGUUAAGUCGUUUAUUUGAGUCUACCAAGGGGUGAGUAUGAACUAAUGUGGGAAGUUGUACUUUUUUAAUUC